AUGCUCAACGUGCUGGCUGUGGACGAUGUGACUGAAGCGGAUUACAUAUUCAUCUCCCACGCACAUUUUGACCAACAAGAAAAGGCUCACUGGUCUCCUUUUUCACGCAGUCUCCCCGGCGCCGAUAGGAUUGCACUCAAAACGGGAGCGCAUGUCGUCGCCAACGGUGAAGCCAUCAACCUCCUUCGAUCAGCAGGAGUCCCCGACGAACAGUUGAUUCCAGUAGCUGGUGGCGAGCGAAUCCCUCUCUUCACUCGCAAGGUGCGUGCAGCCGCGUCUCGUGGCGAGAUUGACGUAGUGCCUGGGCCACCAGGCGCUCCUGUGCGUCCAGAUGCCAAAUUGGCAGCGGCUUCCGUCCAUGUUUGGCCUUCAUUGCACUGUCUGUUGCCCGGCAGCUCGCCCAAGGACUUGCCAGAAGUCAUGGAUACUGGCAAGGAGUACAUCGGAGGCGCAAGCCAGUACGCCUGCACACUUGACAUCACAUUCAUGAUGACACACGGCCUCCUCAAAAUGGGCGAACACAUUCCUCGUGACGCGAUGGACGACGGCAUGCGAUCUUUCACCGACUGGCUCAGCAGCCCAUUGGCUAAAUGUUCGUCUCCCUUUGAUGGAGGCCAGCUCAUGUUCAACUUCCUGCUCGGCGAGGGCAAGACCGCGCUGUGGAACGGGCAUCUGGGUGCAUACGAGGGAAUACUUAAGGGAUUGGAGCCGAAGCCAGACGUGCUUAUCCAGGCAAUCGUUGGACGGGGCAACCUGAACGGAAGACCGUUCGAUGGAUCAGCGGCGCAGUUUGCGGUGAAAUUGUCGAAGCUACUCGGAGAGCCGAAGAAGGUGAUCUGGUCCAUGUACGAUGACAUGCCGAUCCAGCCGAAGACUCUGAAACUAGAACCAGCUACGGAACUGCUUGAGAAGGAGACUAGGUCAAGGGUGACGACACUACAGCCUGGUGCUGUAGCAAAGCUCUUCUAA